UCUGAGCGACUGCAAGUCUUUGAGUUCCUGUGGGAGAAAAAGGACCGUUUGAAGAGAGUUGAAGCUUCAGAAAAGCCCCUCAGUAUCCAACUCUUUGACGGCCGGACAGUGAAAGGAAGAGCUGGUGUCACCACUCCUCUCUCUGUUGCUCAGAGUGUCCGGGUGAAGGGAGCACUGGUGAGUAAGGUGAACGGUGAGCUGUGGGAACUGGGGCGACCCCUAGAGGCAGAUUGUGACUUACAACUUCUGGGGUUUGACACGCUUGAGGGAAAACAGGUAUCAUGGAAGACAGCUGCGUGUGUCCUCGGCAGGGUGUUGGAGGAGGCGUUUGGUGCCAAGGUGUGCAGAGAAGGAGCAUCAGAGCUCGGGUUUUACUGUGACCAUCUGCUUAACCACAGUGCCCCAUCACUGAAUGAUGUAGAAGAUAGAUGUAAGGAGAUGGCAGCCCUCAAACUUCCUCUAUCCAGACUUGAGCUGAAUACAGAAGAGGUCCGAGAGCUCUUCCAGAACAGCAGACUGAGACUGCAGCUUGCUGAGGAGCAGAUGAACGGCCCUGUCAUCACAGUAUACAGGUAUGGAGACAGUGUGGGGGUCUGUAAUGGCCCCCUCCUUCCACACACUGGCCUCCUCAAGGUCUUCAAGAUGCUGCAGCUGUCGCCCGUGACCCUGGCCAAUCAGAAAGAGUCGUCAGGUUUGAUGCGUCUGUUUGGUGUUGCUUUUCCUGAAGAGGAGGACAAAAAUGAGUGGGAGAGGCAGCAGGAGGAGGUGAGGCGGAGGGACCACAGACGCAUCGGGACGGACCAGGAGCUGUUCUUCUUCAGUGACGUCAGUCCAGGCAGUUGCUUCUUUUUACCUAAAGGAGCUUAUAUUUACAGCACUCUCACAGACUUCAUUAAGAGUGAAUACCGAAGGCGAGGCUUCACUGAGGUUGUGACCCCAACUCUGUACAGCACAGCAUUAUGGGAGCGCUCAGGCCACUGGGAGCACUACAGUGAGAACAUGUUCACUGUGACGUCAGAGGGCUCUCAGACCUACGCUCUCAAACCCAUGAACUGUCCUGCACACUGUCUUAUGUUUGAGCAGCGUGUACGCUCGUGGCGGGAGCUUCCUCUGCGAUGGGCUGACUUUGGGGCGCUUCAUCGCAAUGAACUCUCCGGAGUGCUAGGAGGGCUCACUCGUGUUCGCAGGUUUUGCCAGGACGAUGCUCAUAUCUUCUGCGCACCUGAGCAGCUGGAAGAAGAGAUUAUGGCAUGUUUGGACUUUGUGAAAAGCGUAUAUCAAGUGUUUGGGUUUUCUGUCCACUGUCUUUUGUCCACACGUCCCACUCCGUGCCUGGGGGAGCCUGAACAGUGGGAUCAUGCUGAGCAGCAGUUGGAAAGAAGUCUGCAGCGGUUUGGUGAACGAUGGGAGUUGAACCCAGGAGAUGGCGCCUUCUAUGGACCAAAGAUCGACAUCCAGAUCAAAGAUGCAAUUGGCAGGCAACAUCAGUGUGCCACAAUCCAGUUGGACUUCCAGCUGCCUAUCAGAUUUGAUCUUCAAUAUGUCGGGCAAGACGGGCGGUUUCACAGACCAGUGAUGAUCCACAGAGCAGUGCUGGGAUCACUGGAGAGAAUGAUCGCCAUACUGGCUGAAAACUAUGGAGGGAAAUGGCCACUUUGGUUGUCCCCAGCACAGGUCAUGGUUAUUCCUGUGGGGGGCAGCAGUGAGUCAUACGCCAAACAGGUGGUUCGACAGUUCCAUGAAGCUGGUUUCAUGGUAGAUUUGAAUGAUGAUCAGGGAGCAACCUUAAAUAAGAAGAUUCGCUCUGCCCAGCUGGCCCAGUACAAUUACAUGUUUGUGGUGGGGGACAAGGAGAGUGAAAGUGGAACAGUGAGUGUGAGGAGCAGAGGGGGUAAACAGCUGGGGAGGAGGCCGACAGAGGAGGUGCUGACAUCCCUCACACAGCUACGAGACACGAGGAGCAACCUAGAUGAGUUCUGAUGGAAAAUGUCCAAAAAACACUGAGUGACUGAUGGAACUGUUUGUACAUGCUCAAGCUGUUAAACUUUAGCUUUCUCUGAAGGCGUGGCUGCUGAAAUGUGUAAUAAAAUAGUGUGUGUGUAUAUGUGUGUA